CCAGAGGCCAAGCAAACCCCGUGGAGUCGUGGGCUGGAGCCACUCUCGAACCAUCACGGACGCAGAUCCAUAUGGGUCCUCUCUUCGGCCUUCGCUCCCCUGCUCCGCAAAUAUUUAUGGCAGGAUGGCUAGCUUCGGCGACAGACAGCGAAGCAGAGCCAGUUCUUGCAGAGACCCUGCUGGUUGCUGGUGGUAAUAUUGCCUUCGCCAUUAAUACCUGCGCCCCAGAGGGUCGUUUACUUUUCUGACAAAAUACUCCGCUAAAAGAAAGGACCUUCUCUUGAGGCCCCUGCUCUUCGAGAGAGAGAGAGAGGGGAAUUUAUUGUGUCUGAGUGUUAUUAAUAUUCAUUGGGAGAGUUGGGUCGGCGUAGAACGAGGAACAUCAUCAAAUGCAGAAUUAAAGCUCGUGAUUGAGUCACGCACUGGUGCAUAUACAUACAUGCAGAGAGAUGGGGACAUUUGCAAUGGGUGGUAUAAUCGGCGCCGCUGCUAAUUCAAGAUGAAGAAGACGAAGAAGCAGUUGUACAGACGAAGAAGCUGUUGCACAGGCGAAGGAGAUGCUAACUCUUGCAGGAAUGGUCGCGGAGGCAGUUCUACUCUGGCUGCUACUGCAGUCGGCUUCUGCGCAGCACGUGCGCCUGAGUUCCAAAACGGAAUGGUCGGCGUUGUUGGAGCUCCGGUCGUCGUUGGGUCUCCGGGCCAAGUACUGGCCGAGAAAGGUCGACCCGUGCUCCUCCUGGGUCGGCGUCGACUGCCGAAACGGCCGAGUCGUCGGCAUCAACGUAUCCGGAUUGAGGCGGACUCGCGCCGGGAGCGCGAAUCCCGGGUUCUCCGUCGACGCUCUUGUCAAUUUCAAUCUUCUAGCUUCCUUUAAUUCCUCUGGCUUUGCACUGUCGGGGUCUAUUCCGGACUGGUUCGGCAAUCGUCUCAGUGCCCUCGAAGUGCUUGAUCUUCGGUCUAGCCGAGUGACCGGUCCAAUUCCGCCGUCGCUAGGCAAUUUGAGCAGCCUCAAUUCUUUGUAUCUAUCUGGUAAUUCUCUUACUGGGUCGAUUCCUCCUUCAUUGGGACAAUUAUCUGCGCUCUCGUUUCUUGAUCUCGCGGGGAAUUUACUUACUGGGUCGAUUCCUGCUGCAUUAUCAUCUCUUCGCAACCUUACUCAUCUCAACCUUUCUUCCAAUUACCUUUCUGGGUCGAUUCCUCCAGGUUUGGGCACUCUUUCUAUGCUUAAGUUCUUGUACCUUUCCAACAACAGCCUCGGUGCUUCUAUUCCUGAGGAGCUGGGUAAACUUUCUCGAUUGAUUGAGCUUGAAAUCGGCGAAAAUUUUUUGUCCGGUUCGUUGCCGGCGGAGUUGAGAGGAUUGAGGAGGUUGGAGAAAAUGGAAAUUGGGAAUAAUUUUUUGGAGGGUCCUUUUCCGGAUGAUUUAUUUCCAAGUCUUACCCAGCUGCAGUUUGUGGCUCUGCGUGAGAAUAAGUUUGAUGGUGCUCUUCCUGAUGCAUUGUGGAUGAAGCCCGAUUUACGGUUCCUUGAUGUAUCCGGCAAUAAUUUCACGGGCAUUUUGCCAAAUCUCAAUUCAAGUGUUAAAACCAUUGAUGCAGUGAUUAACCUCUCAGACAAUAUGUUUUAUGGAGGUCUGGUCUCUUCACUGGGGAAUUUCAGUACAAUUUAUUUGUCUGGCAACUAUUUCCAAGGUGAAGUUCCGAGUGCUUGGGAAAACAACGCUACUGUUAUAAAAAAUUGCCUUAGGAGUGUCCCGGAACAGAGGAGUUUGGAGGAGUGUAGGCUGUUCUAUGCUGAGAGAAACUUAACUUUUGACAAUUUUGGAGAGCCAGAUAGGCCUCCACCAGAAUCUCCCCAAAAGAGCAGUAAAAGAUGGGUGUUCAUAUUGGUAGGAGUAUUUGGUGGGCUUGGGUUUCUUAUGCUUCUGGUAUUGGUGCUAAUUCUGCUAUUAAGAAUACACAACGGAGACAAUGCAACUCAAAGAGGGACUGCGAACGUGAGGCCUGAUCCAGAAGAAGAUGCCAUGCCACCUGCUAAAGCUUCUAUUGAUUUAUUGGGUGUGGGAGAACGAUUUACGUAUGAACAGAUGCUCCACUCAACGGGCAAUUUUAGCGAUGCAAACCUUAUCAAACAUGGCCACUCUGGGGACCUCUUCAGGGGGAAUUUGGAAGAUGGGAUUCCUGUAGUAAUCAAGCGGGUUGAUUUGCAUUUCUUUAAGAAAGACUCUUGCAUGUUGGAAUUGGAUUUGUUUAGCAAGGUUUCACAUACAAGAUUGGUUCCACUCUUAGGACACUGCUUGGAACAUGAGACACAGAAGUUCUUAGUUUACAAAUAUAUGCCAAAUAGAGAUCUGUCCAAUUCUUUACACAGGCCUACCAGUUUGGAAGAUGAUGGUUUGCAGUCUCUGGAUUGGAUUACAAGAUUAAAAAUUGCAAUAGGAGCUGCAGAAAGCUUAUCUUACCUACACCAUGAGUGCACACCUCCCCUUGUUCACAGAGAUGUUCAAGCAAGCAGUAUCCUUCUCGACGAUAAAUUUGAAGUACGGCUUGGAAGCUUGAGUGAAGUUUGCAUUCAAGAAGGAGAAUCUUUUCCAAGUAUGAUCACCAAGAUGUUGCGGAUGCCACCGACUUCUGAACAAGGCCCCUCUGACCCGUCAUCAGGUUCUUGUGCGUAUGAUGUGUACUGUUUUGGGAAGGUCUUACUCGAGCUUAUUACGGGUAAUCUUGGAAUCAGCAGUUCAGAUGAUAUGACAAUGAAAGAGUGGUUAGAACAUACGCUGCCUUACAUCAGUAUAUAUGAAAAGGAACUAGUGGUUAAGAUUGUUGAUCCAUCUCUAAUUGUGGAUGAUGAUCUAUUGGAAGAGGUAUGGGCCAUGGCAAUCGUCGCCCGGUCCUGCCUUAAUCCCAAGCCCUCUAAACGGCCUUUAAUGAGAUAUAUUCUCAGAGCAUUGGAAAAUCCUUUGAAAGUGGUGAGAGAAGAGAAUUCAAACUCUGCAAGACUUAGAACAGCUUCAUCUAGGAAGUCAUGGAGCACUGCAUUCUUCGGCAGUUGGCGACAGAAUUCAUUAGAAAGUUCCACCGUUCCAUUUCAAACAAACAGAGAGGCUGCUGGUGGCUUAAAACAGUUGGCAAGAGGAGGCUCCCAGAGCGCUGGUGCAAAUGAAGUCUCCUCUUCUAAUAAAAGGUUAUCUAAUGAGAUUUUCCCUGAGCCAACUGAAAUGACAGACGCCGGCGGGAGACAAGAUGCACAACAACACACAGGUCAUUUGUGAUAAUUUGAUUUCUUUGUUCUUAAUAGUGUUUCAGCCUUCUGCUUGGAGUGCUUGCUUGAUGAUGCCCCAACUUACUUUGCCAGCCCCUUAAUGGGAUUUCCAGCACACGCUAAAUAUUGAGGGUUUAUUCAAGUAUUUAUAAAGAACAGUGAAUCAUGAAUCAUCCUCCAGAGGAUUUACCAAGGCAAACCUAGCGCUAAAGGCAUUAUUUGAGGAUCUUAUUCUUUCAGCUGAGAGAAAAUUACUCAAGUUGCUCUUUUGUGAUUAUGUGCACGUUCGCGUGCAUGGGUGAGAGAGAGAGAGAGUCCUUUAGGAUUGAUUUUUAUUUUUUGAGAGUUUGUUGAUUGUCAAGGGCAAGCUGCAGUGUUUACCUGCAGUUGUUUCUUACAGAUCCCAUUCUUGGAAUGUAAAUUGUACAUUAAAAGAAGGGCUUUGUGCCACAAUUCUUCA